AUGGAAGUGAAUAAAGAUAGUAGUACUCAGAACCCUGAGAAUAGCGCUGUAUUACUUCGGAAUAUUAUACCAUUCUCUUGGCGACCUAGUUGUAUUGUCAAUACCGCUAAUGAUAUUAUGAGGAAUAUACACGGUAGUAAUCCCGUAUUGGAGUCAAAGCCAACUGUAAAUAAUAAAAAUGCACCGGAAGUUCCUCUUGUUCCUCCAGCAGUUGGACCAUCGAACAAUGAAAAGUUGAACAGAAGGGAAUCCACUAAGUCAAUAAAGGACAAAACACAAAGAAAUAUAAUCGUAAAUAUUGUGUUAGUAGAAGCUAAAGGGCUCCCCGAUGUACCAGAUGAUGGACUGUCCCAUGGAGUCUAUUGCAAAUUUCGAUUGGGUUCUCAUACUUGUAAAUCAAAAUCUGUGUUGACCACACGAUACCCACAAUGGAAGGAGAGAUUCAAAUUAAACGGUGAUAGUGACCAGCUUCUUCAUAUAUCGCUAUGGGAUAAAGGGAAGCAUAAAAACUUUAUGGGCAGUUGUGUUCUAGAUCUGUCAAACCUUGAAAAAGAGCGGACACAUGAUAUUUGGCAGCAACUGGAUGAAAACUAUGGCUCCUUACACCUGUCCAUCACGAUAUGUAUUUUAAAGCAACUUGAAAGUACUUCUAAUCCAGAAUAUAAAGUUGAUGACUUGCGCUCUAAAUUUGCCUUCUAUAACGUCAGUACGGAUUUAAAUCUCGUCGGCCAAUUGCAUGUCAGAGUUUAUGGAGCUAGGGGUUUAAAGGGCAAACCUAGCGCAUACUGUACAUUGGAAUUGGAAAAUGAGAAAAUACACACGCCCAAGGCUUCUUACAGCGCUGAGCCUGUUUGGGACAAAAGUUAUGUAUUCAACAUUUAUGACGUUACAUCAACCCUUGAAGUAAAAGUACUCGACAGUUCUAUAAAUUCCUUACUUAACGACUUCCUAGGCAGAGUGACGAUACCUUUACUCAGAAUAAAGGAUGGUGAAAUGCGCUGGUAUGCACUCAAAGAUAACAAUAAAAGGAAAGGUGCAAGAGGAAACUGUCCUAGAGUCAGAUUAGAAUUGUCUUUGGUUUGGAAUCCAGUGACCGCUUCAUUGAAACUGUUCCGUCCUAAGCAGGUCAAGUAUAUAGCCAAGGAGCCAAAAUUCGACUUAGCACUUGUUUAUAAGAAUGUGAAAUUCAUUAGAGAUACGUUCGAGUUUCUUUAUGUUAUCAAUGAAUAUUUCAAGCAUUUAUUCGAGUGGGAAGAUCGAGAAUUUUCAGCAGCUGCGCUAAUUAUAUGGCUUAUCUUCUGGUACUAUUUUGAACCAUGGAUGGGUCCAUUGUUGACAUUAGCGUUAUUUCCCGUAGUCUACAUUUAUGAUCAAGAAAAAUGUUGGGAUUUUACAAAAACGCUUGCCACAGAAGAAGUGGUGGAUAUGGGAACUAUUGAUGAUUUACAGAACGGCGAUACAAUCACCGACAAAGUCAAAGGUUUGCCAGAGAUGACCCUGACAAUAACGCAUGGUAUUGAAUAUAUGGUGUCGGUAGCUGAAAGAUUAUAUAAUUUGGCAGCCUUUAAAGUCCCUUUUUUGAGUUUUUUGGCAAUGGUAUUACUUAUUUUUGGAUCUGUCAUCCUUUACAUAUUACCUUUCAAGUAUUUGAUGAUUUCUCUUGGUUUAUAUAAAUUCUUUAGAAAGCGUAUAAAUCCUCAACGAGUGCUGAAUAAUGAUUUAUUAGACUUCAUAUCAAGGAUACCUGAUCACAAAAUGUUGAAAGAUUGGAAGGAGCUCAGCGUUCCGGAACCUCAACAGCCCAGGAUAUCUGGUAGUUUUGGGAUCAAACCAACUAUACCCAAUGCUUCGUAA